GCACAUUUGCCGCGGGGCAAACAAGAUUGGACAGCGGUUUCUGAGAAUUUCCCCCUCCUCCCUUUCUCCAGUUAAUCCAAACUUUUCUAAAGUUGGGAGCUAAAACUUAAAAAAAAUGUCCAGCCGCUCGUUCCGCUCCCGAACCCACUUCAGCAGCCAGUCUUACACCCCUGGCGCGACCAUUCAACGGUCGAGCCGAGCGGUCUUGGGCAUGGGGGCCGGCCAGCGAUUGGCCGCUUUACCCCUGGGCAAAAUCUCCCUCGAGAACCCCAGCUUCGAAGGCGGCCAGGCUUUCCAGGAGCUUCGUAUCCAAGAGAAGGAACAGAUCAAAGGGUUAAAUAACCAGUUCGCUCGUUUCAUCGACAAGGUGCGGACAUUGGAACAACGCAACAAGCAAUUGGAAAUGCACUGGAAGCUGCUGCAGGAGAAAGGUGUGCGCAGUUCCAACAUUGACAGCGUAUUCCAAGUUUAUUCCAACAACCUCAGGCAGCAGAUCGAUGCCUUGGCCCAGGAGAAAAUUCGCCUGCAAGCCGAGCUGGAGGGCAUGCAGGGGCUGGUGGAAGACUACAAAACCAAGUAUGAAGAUGAAAUCAACUUGCGUACCGAGAGGGAGAACGAAUUUGUAAUGAUCAAGAAGGAUGUUGAUGAAAGCUAUCUCAACAAGGUGGACCUGGAGGCUAAGCUUGAGAGUCUUACUGAUGAAAUUAAUUUCCUGAAGGACAUAUUUGAAGAGGAAAUCCAUGAGCUGCAGGCCCAGAUGAAGAAUACUGCUAUUACUCUGGAGGUUGACACCAGCCGUAAACUGGACCUUUCCAGCAUCCUCGAUGAUGUCCGAUCUCAAUAUGAAGGAAUGGUAGUUAAAAUUCGCCAAGACACUAUGAGCUCAUGGGAAGGCAAGUUCAACGAUAUGAAGAAAAAUUCUGGGAAACAUGCAGAUGAGCUCCGUGUUAGGAAGACUGAGAUUUCUGACAUGCAAAGACAAGCUGGACGCCUAAACGCUGAAAUCCAGGCUCUGAACAAACAAAAAGAGCAGCUGGAGGCAGCAAUCGCAGAAGCAGAGGAACGUGGGGAGCUGGCCCUUAUGGAAGCUAAAAAACGCAUUGCCGAAUUACAGGAGGUCGUAGAUAAUGCUAACAAGGAAAUGAUCCGCCAGGUCCGAGAGUAUCAGGAUCUGAUGAACACUAAACUUGCCCUGGACAUUGAAAUUGCCACUUACAAAAAACUGCUUGAAGGAGAAGAGAACAGGUUAUCAACACCAGUGAAUGUGACCUAUCACCAAUCAAUCAAAAGUUUUGGAUUUCCGCAGUUACAGGUCGAAAGUUUGAGCCGUAGUGGGCUGGAAACAAGCGGAGUGACCAAAUCCCUUAUCGUCAAGACGAUUGAAACCAAGGAUGGCAAGACACUCUCUGAGUCCCCCUUUUAUCCAAGAAAAUGAAGUAUUUGUGUUAUACAGAAAGAUAUGUCUGAUCAUUUCAGUCAUUUUUAACUUUUGAGUUUCAAAUUUUGCUGGUUAAAAUGUACCUCAAGACCUCAUUGAUAAGGAAUUAUGAAGGAUUUUGUCCCAUUCUUGAUACCAAGUGUGAAAUAAAACUUGAUAAUACAUUA